GCUUGCAUUCUAGCUGCGCUCUUCUCUCUCUCUACCAUCCUUCUAAAGGCUCGCUUUGAAAACGGCUCUAUAAAUUUGUCAAGUUGUGAUAGCGCUUCGAAUCGUCACAAGCAUCAUAAGAAGGCCGAACAACCGUCAUUGCAUAUCUUCAUUUCACCAUCUCCCCCUCGUUUCCGCCGCUGACACCACGUGACAAAGCGCAGCGAACGUUAAAUGUCUUCGGAGUAUAGUGAGCUGACUUUGAAGUUGCUUCGGAAGAACUUUGAUAUACUCGACAAGGACAAGAUUGGCCGGGUUAAAAAUGAAAACCUUCCGUACCUCAUGCGUGUCUGCGGGGCAGCUCCAUUGGAGGCCAACUUGGAUGGCCUGAAAGCCAUCGCAGACCCGGACGGACGCGGCAGUUUUAGCUUUGACAACUUCUGCAUUGCGCAAAAGAAGGCCUUAGCGGAGUCGGUCAACGCGCUAGACGCCAAGGCCGCCUUUCAUGGCUUUGACCCAGAUAAGCGUGGCCUCAUUACUCCCCACGCGCUUAGCUUCUUCCUCACCACCAUGGGUGACGCUUUAACAGCGGAGGAAAUGAACAGUUUUAUCGAGGCGGUGCAGUCGGAUGCCGACAUGGAAGGCAAUUUAGUCAUUGCGGACGUUGUUUACAAAAUGACCGCGGAGAUGUACCGCUGA